GGACUGAAAAAGGGAGGAGGCAGACCACUCGGAGAGGAGCUGGGAAGCAGUGCAGAGAGGAGAGCGGAGCGGAGCUGCCGCUGAGCAAAGGCCUUCACCAUGGCCGAGUCCCCCGGCUGCUGCUCCGUCUGGGCCCGCUGCCUCCACUGCCUGUAUAGCUGCCACUGGAGGAAAUGCCCCAGAGAGAGGAUGCAAACCAGCAAGUGCGACUGUAUCUGGUUUGGCCUGCUCUUCCUCACCUUCCUCCUUUCCCUGAGCUGGCUGUACAUCGGGCUCGUCCUUCUCAAUGACCUGCACAACUUCAAUGAAUUCCUCUUCCGCCGCUGGGGACACUGGAUGGACUGGUCCCUGGCAUUCCUGCUGGUCAUCUCUCUACUGGUCACAUAUGCAUCCUUGCUAUUGGUCCUGGCCCUGCUCCUGCGCCUUUGUAGACAGCCCCUGCAUCUGCACAGCCUCCACAAGGUGCUGCUGCUCCUCAUUAUGCUGCUUGUGGCCGCUGGCCUUGUGGGACUGGACAUCCAAUGGCAGCAGGAGUGGCAUAGCUUGCGUGUGUCACUGCAGGCCACAGCCCCAUUCCUUCAUAUUGGAGCAGCCGCUGGAAUUGCCCUCCUGGCCUGGCCUGUGGCUGAUACCUUCUACCGUAUCCACCGAAGAGGUCCCAAGAUUCUGCUACUGCUCCUAUUUUUUGGAGUUGUCCUGGUCAUCUACUUGGCCCCCCUAUGCAUCUCCUCACCCUGCAUCAUGGAACCCAGAGAUUUACCACCCAAGCCUGGGCUGGUGGGACACCGAGGGGCCCCCAUGCUGGCUCCCGAGAACACCCUGAUGUCCUUGCGGAAGACAGCUGAAUGCGGAGCUACUGUGUUUGAGACUGAUGUGAUGGUCAGCUCCGACGGGGUCCCCUUCCUCAUGCAUGAUGAGCACCUCAGCAGGACCACGAAUGUAGCCUCUGUAUUCCCAACCCGAAUAACAGCCCACAGCAGUGACUUCUCCUGGACUGAACUGAAGAGACUCAAUGCUGGAUCCUGGUUCCUAGAGAGGCGACCCUUCUGGGGGGCCAAACCGCUGGCAGGCCCUGAUCAGAAAGAGGCUGAGAGUCAGACGGUACCAGCAUUAGAAGAGCUAUUGGAGGAAGCUGCAGCCCUCAACCUUUCCAUCAUGUUCGACUUGCGCCGACCCCCACAGAACCACACAUACUAUGACACUUUUGUGAUCCAGACAUUGGAGACUGUGCUGAAUGCAAGGGUGCCCCAAGCCAUGGUCUUUUGGCUACCAGAUGAAGAUCGGGCUAAUGUCCAACGACGGGCACCUGGAAUGCGCCAGAUAUAUGGACGUCAGGGAGGCAACAGAACGGAGAGGCCCCAGUUUCUUAACCUCCCCUAUCAAGAUCUGCCACUAUUGGAUAUCAAGGCAUUGCAUAAGGAUAAUGUCUCGGUGAACCUAUUUGUAGUGAACAAGCCCUGGCUCUUCUCUCUGCUUUGGUGUGCAGGGGUGGAUUCGGUCACCACCAACGACUGCCAGCUGCUGCAGCAGAUGCGUUACCCUAUCUGGCUUAUUACCCCUCAAACCUACCUAAUCAUAUGGGUCAUUACCAAUUGUGUUUCCACCAUGCUGCUUUUGUGGACCUUCCUCCUCCAAAGGAGAUUUGUUAAGAAGAGAGGGAAAACUGGCUUAGAAACAGCAGUGCUGCUGACAAGGAUCAACAAUUUCAUGAUGGAGUGAAUGCCCUGCCCUGCUUCCCCACCCAAGCCAGUCUACAUUGCCCAAACAGCAAGGGUUGGAGAGCGGCUUAAGUGGAAUGCUUCAGGGGUGGUGGGUUGCAAGUGGGGGGAGCUUUGCCAACAGGAGGUUUUGAACCAUGAGGGCCCUCUGCCCAGGUGAUGGGCAUUCCCUAAGCUGCUAUGGAAUCUGCUCCCUUUGGGGUUUUGACCUGAGAUGUUUGGGAAGACAGUGAGUAAUGAGAAGUUUCUCCCCAAAUGAAACUAGAACAGAGGAAGUAAAAGGGAGAUUGCUCGGAUAA